CUGGGCUGCAGCUCCUCCUCUUCCUCCUCCCUGCUCCUCCCCCUGCCUGGAGAGGCACAAAAGGCUGCUUGCAAGCAAAUUCCCAGCCUAGUCCUAGGCAGAAAUGACCGCAUAUGGCCGAGGGCUCAGCAGGGCCAUGGGUGCCUCUCCCCACCCCGCAUGGAGACGAGCUCUCUCGGACACCAGGGGACGCCUGAAGCCUGAGUACGAUGCAGUGGUGGUAGGCGCAGGACACAACGGGCUGGUGGCUGCGGCAUACCUGCAGAGAUUUGGGGUGAACACAGCGGUCUUCGAGAGACGCCACGUGAUUGGGGGUGCGGCUGUUACAGAGGAGAUAAUCCCAGGGUUUAAGUUCUCCCGAGCAUCCUACCUCCUCAGCCUGCUACGACCGCAGAUUUUCUCCGAAUUGGAGCUGAAGAAACAUGGGCUGAGGCUUCAUCUUCGAAACCCCUACUCCUUCACCCCCAUGCUGGAAGAGGGCACAGGGGGCAAAGUGCCCCGGUCUCUUCUGCUGGGCACAGACAUGGCGGAAAAUCAGAAGCAGAUCGCCCAGUUCUCAAGGAAGGAUGCCCAGGCCUUUCCCAAAUAUGAGGCAUUCAUGGAUCGCUUGGCAUUGGCCAUUGACCCUCUGCUGGACUCAGCCCCGGUGGACCUGGAGGCCUUCCAGCGGGGUUCCCUGCUACAAAGGCUCAAGUCGCUGUCCACCCUCAAGCCCCUGUGGCAGGCAGGUUGCAUCCUGGGAGCCCAGCUGCCCCUGUAUUACCAGGUCCUCACAGCUUCAGCCGCCAAGGUACUGGAUCAGUGGUUUGAGUCUGAGCCUCUCAAAGCCACUCUAGCAACGGAUGCAGUGAUUGGAGCCAUGACAAAUCCUUACAUUCCAGGAAGUGGGUAUGUGCUACUCCAUCAUGUGAUGGGAAGUCUGGAGGGGAUUCGGGGAGCCUGGGGCUACGUCCAGGGCGGCAUGGGUGCCCUCUCUGAUGCCAUCGCAAGCUCAGCCACCGCUCACGGAGUCAGCAUCUUCACCGAAAAGACAGUGGCUAAGGUGCAGGUGAGCAGUGGCGGGCGCGUUCAAGGAGUCAUGCUGCAAGACGGCUCGGAGGUGAGGAGCAAAGUGGUGCUGUCCAACGCGUCGCCACAGAUCACCUUCCUGAAGUUGACGCCACAGGAGUGGCUUCCUGAGGAGUUUGUGGCGAGAAUUGCCCAGCUGGACACCCAGUCGCCUGUUACCAAGAUCAAUGUGGCUGUCAACAGGCUGCCUGACUUCCUGGCAGCCCCCAACACUCCCAGGGGCCAGCCAUUGCCCCAUCACCAGUGCUCCAUCCACCUGAACUGUGAGGACACCCUCCUUGUCCACCGGGCCUUUGAAGACGCCCUGGAUGGCCUGCCUUCCAAGAGACCUCUGAUCGAACUCUGCAUCCCUUCCUCGCUGGACCCCACCCUGGCCCCCCCUGGCUGCCACGUCGUCUCCCUCUUCACUCAGUACACACCCUACACGCUGGCUGGAGGCAAGGCCUGGGACGAGCAGCAGAGAAACGCUUAUGCGGACAGAGUGUUUGAUUGCAUCGAGGCCUACGCACCUGGCUUCAAGGGCUCCGUGGUGGGCAGAGACAUCCUCACACCCCCUGACUUGGAGAGAGUCUUUGGGCUUCCUGGGGGGAACGUAUUCCACUGCGCCAUGAGCCUGGACCAGCUGUACUUUGCGCGUCCUGUGCCCCUGCACUCCGGCUACCGCAGCCCCCUCCGCGGCCUGUAUCUCUGUGGCAGCGGGGCCCAUCCUGGAGGAGGUGUCAUGGGAGCCGCUGGACGCAAUGCAGCCCACGUGGUCUUCAGGGACCUCAGGAGCAUGUGACCUCAAACUAACUCUGACCCAGGAAGAUGAAUUCACCCUUGAGAUGUCACUUUCCCAGGAUAUGGCCUGAGGCAAGCAAGUCCUCAAGGCCCAAGCCACUGUUCUAGAAGAAACAUACAAGUCACACGGGGUCCUGGUUAACCUCUCAUCCAAGGCUUCAUGAAUAAACUGGUUUUGCUUUAUAUA